AUGAGAGAAACCGUGGUUCUGUACGCCGGACUUGGUGCGGGGCACCUGGCGCCGAUGGUGGAGCUGGCCAUGCUCUUCCAGCGGCACGGCCUCACUGCCACCGUCGUCAUCGCGGAGUCACCAGCCAAGUCCGCUGCUGCGGUGGCGAGCCCGUCCAUCAACAUUCACGUGCUGCCAUUGCCAACACCCGAGCCCCCGUCUUCGAACGAUCCUGUGGUGCAGAUGUUCGAUCUGCUACGCCGCACGAACGCACCACUCCGUGACUACCUCCGGUCGGUCCUCCCCUCCGUGCGCGCUCUCGUCGUCGACAUAUUUUGCGUCGACGCCCUCGACGUCGCCACGGAGCUCGGCGUGCCGGCAUACCUGCUCUACACCUGCAGCGCGAGCUGCCUCGCCGUCAACCUCAACCUCCCGCACGUGCAGGCCAGGAUCGACGCCACCGGAGAUGUCGGCGGCCCGGUGCUCUCAUUCCCGGGCAAUCGCCCGAUCAAACUCACGGACCUCCCCGACGGUACUUUCGACCCCAACCACGAGCCGUUCAAGGAGUUCCUGCACUUGUCCGCGCGGACGCUGGAGUUCAGCGGCGUCCUCGUCAACACGUUCGAGUGGCUAGAGGCGAGGGCGCUGCGCACGCUCAAGGACGGCUCGUGCAUCCCCGCUGCCAUGCCGCCGGUGUACCCCGUCGGCCCAAUGGUUGCCGGCUGCGGAGGAGGGGACAGGGAGCACGAGUGCCUUGCAUGGCUGGACGGGCAGCCGGAGAAGAGCGUGGUGUUUCUCUGCUUUGGGAGCAGGGGCUGCUUCCCCAAGAAGCAGCUUGAGGAGAUCGCCAUGGGGCUGGAGAGGUCCGGGAAGAGAUUCCUGUGGGUGGUGUCCAGCUCAUCUGAAGAUCAACUACAGGACCUCCUGCCGGAGGGAUUCCUGGAGAAGACCGACGGCAGAGGGUUCGUGGUCAAGUCGUGGGCGCCACAGCCGGAGGUGCUGCAGCACCGGGCGACAGGCGCAUUCUUGACGCACUGCGGGUGGAACUCGGCCCUGGAGGGGAUCGUUGCUGGGCUGCCCCUCAUCUGCUGGCCGCUCUACGCAGAGCAGAGGCUGAACAAGGUGUUCAUCGUGGAGGAGCUGAUGGCCGGCGUGGAGAUGGCAGGGUACGACGGCGAGCUGGUCCCGGCCGCGGAGGUGGAGUCCAAGGUUAGGUUGGUGAUGGAGUCGCCGGGCGGACAGGCGCUACGGGAGCGAGCCAUGGAAGCCAAGGAGAGGGCCGCACGGGCGGCACAGCAAGGUGGAGCAUCCGACGUUGCUUUUGCCGAGUUCCUCGCGCACUUGGAAAGUGUUGUUCGUGGCCAUUAA